AUUUUUGGCUGCACCUCUUCACAUAUAUUUCAAUUCAACAUAAUGAAUUUAAAGGAUCUUAACCAAUCUCAUGACGCCCUCACAGCAAGUCACUAAUCUUUCCCUUGACGUCAUGUCAGUAAAAUCUGAUCUAGCUGAGCUUAAAACUCUCCCUAUAACAAGUAUACUAAUAUUAAUUAUAUUGCACAAAUAAAUAGAUCACAUAUGUUUACAUAACCAGAUGAUGUCUUAAUUCACUGCCAUUAUACACUAUGCUAGCAUUCACUGCUCCCAUUACACAUUAUCAGAGAAUGGGAAACAAGAAGAAGAUGGACUACAGUGGCAACACUCCUCACUGCCCUGCCACUGUCUUUGUUGCCAAUUUACCCUUUUCUUUCACCAAUUCUCAGCUUGAAGAAACAUUCAGUGAGGUUGGACCGAUAAGACGGUGCUUCAUGGUCGCCAAGAAAGGGUCUAACGAACACAGAGGCUUUGGCUUUGUUCAAUUUGCCACCAUUGAAGAUUCUAACCGUGCAAUUGAGCUGAAAAAUGGCUUGACCAUUGGAGGUAGAAAAAUUGGAGUGAAACAUGCUACACAUCGUGCUCCUCUUGAGCAACGUCGAGCAAAAGAAAAUCAAGGUCGUAGUUGCAUUUCCUUUUUCUGAAUUUUCAACUUGAGUUCACAGUAUCU